UGACGGGGUGGGCCGGGCCGUGGCCGUAGCCGGAGCCGGAGCCGGAGCCAGAGCGGUUGUGAGGUAGAGCUUUCGGCGGAGACACCGGGAGCGGCACUGGGCGCGGAUGGAGCUGGAAAAUAUUGUGGCCAAUACAGUGCUGCUGAAGGCCAGAGAAGGCGGAGGAGGGAAGAGGAAGGGCCGGAGUAAAAAAUGGCGGGAGAUGCUACGGUUGCCCCAUAUUAGUCAGUGCGAGGAACUGCGACGCACUAUUGAAAGGGACUACAGUAGCCUCUGUGAGAAGCAGCCGAUUGGCAGGCACCUAUUCCGGCAGUUCUGUGAGUCACGACCCGAUUUGAAGAGAUGCAUCGAGUUCCUGGAUGCAGUGGCAGAUUAUCAAGUGGCUCCAGAUGAGAAGAGACAGGAUUGUGGUCUUCAUCUCCUGGAGACCUAUUUCAACAAUGGGUCGGCGGCCCAUUUACCUGAAGUGCCUGUGGACACCAUAAAGCAAUGCAAAGAGAAACUAGAACAGAGUCCUUGCAAAGAACUCUUUACAGAGUGUGCAAAAUAUGUCCAUGAUUACCUGAGUGGGGGACCCUUCACGGAGUACCAGGAAAGCAUGUACUUUUCACGAUUCCUGCAGUGGAAAUGGUUGGAAAGGCAGCCAGCAACAAAAAAUACUUUCAGACAUUACCGGGUGCUCGGGAAAGGAGGAUUUGGUGAGGUGUGCGCCUGCCAGGUGCGUGCAACUGGGAAGAUGUACGCAUGUAAAAAGCUGGAAAAGAAAAGGAUAAAGAAGCGGAAAGGAGAAACCAUGGCAUUAAAUGAAAAGCGGAUUUUAGAAAAAGUUAACAGUAGAUUUGUGGUGAGCUUGGCUUACACAUAUGAAACGAAGGAUGCGCUGUGCCUGGUGCUCACCCUCAUGAACGGUGGCGACCUGAAGUUCCACAUCUACAAUAUGGGCAACCCAGGCUUCGAUGAGAAGAGGGCCAUCUUCUACGCUGCGGAGAUCUGUUGUGGGCUGGAGGACCUGCACAGAGAGAGAAUUGUGUACAGAGAUUUGAAGCCAGAGAACAUAUUACUGGACGAUCACGGUCACAUCAGGAUCUCAGACCUGGGCUUAGCCAUGCAGAUCCCAGAAGGUGAAACAAUUCGAGGAAGAGUUGGGACUGUAGGUUACAUGGCUCCAGAGGUUAUCAACAAUGAGCGUUACACCUUCAGCCCUGACUGGUGGGGCCUCGGCUGCCUGCUCUUUGAGAUGAUUCAGGGCCAGUCGCCUUUCCGAAAGCGCAAAGAGAAAGUAAAGCGGGAGGAGGUGGACCGCCGAGUGAAGGAGGAUAGGGAAGAUUAUUCUGAUAAGUUCUCAGCGGAGACUCGUUCCAUCUGCAGUAUGUUACUGACUAAAGAUCCAAAGGAGCGACUGGGUUGUCAGGGAGGAGGAGCGGCCGAAGUGAAGCAACAUCCCAUCUUUCGCAACGUCAACUUCAAGAGGCUGGAAGCGAGCAUGUUGGACCCUCCCUUUGUUCCUGAUCCCAGAGCAGUGUACUGCAAAGACGUCUUGGACAUCGAGCAGUUCUCCACAGUCAAAGGGGUGAACCUGGAUCCAACAGACGAUGACUUCUACUCGAAGUUUGUCACUGGCAGUGUCUCUAUUCCUUGGCAAAAUGAGAUGAUCGACACAGAGUGUUUUAAAGAAGUGAAUACCUAUGGGAGUGAUGGGACUCUGUCACCGGACCUGGACAACAGCAAGCCCGAGCCACCUCCCAAGCGAGGCGUUUGGUAUAGACUUUGUCGUCGAGAGAUGUGUUUCAAAAGUAGCUUCAGUGAGGAGGAAGACGACCCUUCAAAAACACUGUAGUUUGAGCCAAAUGUACACUGAUAGAUUUCAGGUUAAACUGGGAACAUGUAUUAAAGUGUAUUAUAUUUCAACAAAAAGAACUGCUGUAUGAGUUUACAUAUUUUGUACAUUUAUAUUUGAAUUAUGUCUUAGAUGUAUAUUUUAACUAAAGUUGUACAAAAAGCCAUAUAUUAAGUACCACUUGAAUGCGUAUGUUAAUUUUAGCAGGAAUGACUUUGUGAAUUAUCUAUUUAAAAGUUUAUUUUUAAUUAUUUUUUUAAAAACAAAAGAAGCACAGCAAUGUAAAUGUGUGCUAUUAGUAACUCGUGACAGUUAGCUGGAUUUUAUUUAGUACGGAGUGGGUCUGUACAGUAGCUGUUGCUCUUGAGAAAUCAGUGCGUGCUGCGUGUCUGUAAAUACGCGCAGCACACGUGUGUGUGAGUGUGUAUGUAUGUGACUGGCUCUUCAUGUGGACAUAUGCCCUUGGGAGGAAGUAUACCUGAGUGUCAUUGUGCUCUGGAAUUGCACUGUGUGUGCGUGCGUGAGUGAGUGCAUGUAUGUGCGUGUGUGUGGGUGUACAGUUAAACUCCACCUCAAGUGCAAAUAGUGUGGAUCUAGUCUACGCUUGCUUCUAUUUUUUCUUCUUGUUGGAAUUGGACCUCCGCUGUGCUCAUGGGCCCUAUGGUUAAUCAUCUGCAGUGGGUCAUAACCAUGGCCAGUGGUUCAUGGUCUGGUGGAAAUAGGACACAUUUAACCUGCAAAGCAUCAUAUAAUGCAGGACAUCCAAUGACAAACUGCAUCAGGUAGAUUCAAUACCUCUUUCCAAUCUGAUAGAAUGUGACACCCUCGUUUCUCCCCCCCCCCCCCCCCUACAGGUAACCUUGUCCUGUGAAUAUAUAAAUGAUCAUUCAUAAUCUUGGCUUGGUGGACCAAGUCAGGAUAAUGUCCAUUAAGAAUUCUUGACCUCUGUGCAAUUUGAAACUGUGGCUUAUUUGACCGAUAUGAACCAUUGUUCUUGGCAACACACAGAAUGCUUUGCAACCUCAAUAGAUCAACGGAAACAUUCCCAUCUUACCUUAACAAAAACUCGAAGUUCUGACAAUGUCAGAUCCAUCUGUACCAAACCAUUUAUAACAAAUACUCUAUUUUCUUUUAUGUUGGGUGUUUUAUCUAUGAUUCAUUUUCUAAAAACUGUGAAAGAUUUAAUUUAAUGACCUCUCUGUUCAAAAAAAAAUAAUGACUCUUGUGGUUGGUGUCUUGCACUAAGUGCCAGUUUAUUUUUUAGAUGUUGUGUGUUCUCAUUAAAUAUUCUCCACUUGUAUUUAAAACGAGCAUGUUGUAUAUUGUAUCUGUGGUUAGGCUUUGUCUGAAUACUAGAAUUGUGGAAUAGGUCUCAUUUCAUUACAUUUGAUGACUGUUUUCACGCUAAUGUUAGACGUCUCUUUUUAAAAAAUUUGGUGAAUAUAUCCAUUCUGAACUGGGAAUCUUAGUAGGUUCUUAACCAAUGUUUUUAUGUUGGAACGUUUUAAAUUAAUAAAUACUGCCAUUUGUAUACAG